AUGCCCGCUGUCGUGUUGUCACAUCCCGCCUAUCAAUACAUCCAAACAUCUCCUAUCGUCGGCUCCUGGCUUCCCUCCUUACCGGUCCCAUCCACGAGGAGGAAUGCAACCUCUCCCAGGCACCGUCCCGCUUCCGCCCUCUCCGGCCAGCCACACCCCCAUCGUCAGAGAGAGGCGGAUGCCGACUCUGCUGCCGCACACGCAGCAAUCCAACCAUUUCACAUUGACAGACGCGUUCUCAGAGAUAUCGUUCGGGAAUAUGCCCAUGCUCAAGUCGGCCGAAUCACUUUCCUUAGCUCAGGUGCGUCGACUUCGUGUGGUGCAUACCUUAUCACGCUCGUCGAUACCCGUCUCCUCAUUGUACGUGUCGCACGCAGGUUCAUGCCUCGCUUCAAGACUGAAUCUGAAAUCGCAACAAUGCAAUACCUUCGCGACAAAACGUCCAUACCCGUUCCAGACGUGUAUCAUUACGAUUCCAAUCCGAAUAACAGACUAGGUGCGGAGUAUAUUCUCAUGUCCAAGGCAACAGGAAUCCCCCUUUCUCAGGUAUACUGCGCCAUGUCAAACGAAGAACUCAAGUCCCUAUUUACGAACCUCGCGUCUAUCAUUCUCCCACUUUUCGCGCAGCGUUUCUCCCACAUCGGAUCACUCUAUUUCGGUCCGUCACCCUAUACCUCGACAUCCCAAUCCUCGUCAGCUUCGUCAACUGUCGUUGUGUCGCGUUCGUCAUCGUCCUCUACGGUAACGCGGUCCGUACAGACACCCACGCCGACCCGCCCUUACACCUACUAUGUUGGUCCAAUCAUUUCCUGGCCCUUCUUUGGUUCCAACCGUGCACCUCCUACCUACCUCAAAUCCUGUGCCAAUCGCGAAAUAAAUGGCGUCAUCGCAGAGUCCAACGGGCGCUCCGCGUCUCACCGCCUGCACCUCGACCCGGACACGAUCCACAGCUCGCGGCACCACCACCUCCUCGCAUUCCCGGAGGACGCGGACAGUGACGAGAGCGAUGAAUGGGAUGCGCAGGAAAGUGAGGAUGAGGAGGAAGAUUGUGUGGGUGCGAAUAUGUAUCGGGAUUAUAGGAGGAUGCAAAGGGGGACUUUUUUGGUGGCGCAUAUUAAGAGAAGGGAGGGUGAGGUGAGGAGGGAGAUGAGAAGAUGGGUGAGUCUGAUGGAGAGGCUGGGGGCCGGCGAUGAGGAUGGAGACAGGGCUGGAGGAACAGAAGAGUUCGGGUUAGACUGUCACGAUUUGAGUUUGGAGAAUAUUUUUGUGGACGAGAAGGACCACACGAAGAUUACCUGUGUUAUAGAUUGGGAAUCCACGACGACGCGACCACUCUGGGCAUGCGCACAUCUACCAGCAUUUGUCGAGUCGAGCCCGUUUACCGCGAAGUUGUUUAGGGAGGUUGCGUUGUACCAAAUGUAUCGAAUUCUCACGUACAAAGCGCGCCGACCGUCAUAUUCACCACACAUACCCAACUCUUCUUCUCCCUCCAAUGCACCCACGCUCUUCACAGCAGCCUCCUCGUGGCUCCACUUCGAAUCUUGGGGGACUCGGCUCCGAUACGCCCAUCGCUGUGUUGAAUGGGAUGGAUGGGAGGAAGGUCUUGUAGAGAGUAUUUUGGGACCUGAGGAUACGGAGAAGGAUUGGUUUGUAGAAGGGUGUUGGUGUGAGGUAGAGAGGGGAUCGAAGUGUGAUGAUGAGGAGAUUUCUGGGGAUGUGGAGAGUAGCAGGAAGCGAUGCGGAUGUGAUGAUACGGAGUCGAAGAAAAUGGUAAAUGGGAAUGAACCCAAAGCAUGCAUGACGGUAAUCUCGUCAUCCCCACCCACCCAACCAGCACGUUCGACCACUCCACCCGUGACCCCACCACAGGCGACUUCAUGCCACCCAACAGUCGCACCGCCUGCAGCGGCCAUAGAUCCUCCAACUCGCCCCACAACCCCUUCUGCGGCACUCCGUAUUCACCGACGUCAAGCUGGGAUGUUGAUUUUGAAAAAAGAAAGAGAAAAGGAACAGACGCUGGUUAGUGCUGGUGAUAUAUGUGGGGGGAGAGGUGGGGAGUUGGGGAGGAGGUUGGAGGAAGUUCUGCGUAGGGGGUUGAGGUGA